AAGACAGAGGUAGAGAGUAUGUGAGAGGGAAAGAGAGAGGGAGAGGGACUAAGCAAGAAAGAUUGAUGCUGAGGCAAGCCGACACUGCACUGCUCUCACUGACACACAUACACACACACUCACACACACACACACACACACACACACACACAAACAGUCUCACGCAUACACUCACAUCACACUCCCAAGCUGCUUAACAGGCAGGAAAAACACUGAGUCUGACUGAGUCUGCAGCCCGUUACUGCAGGACAGGACAGAGGACAGCAAGACGAGAGGCGAACAGGAGGGUGAAACCUUCCUCCCUGCUUUGACUCAGAGCAACAGUUUGACCGCUGUCAUCUCGGAAGGUUCAGCGCUCAAGGGAGCUCCUUAACGACACCUCCUCAAAAUAAGAGAGGGAGAAGCAGCAAGGGCAGGAGCAAGGGCAAGUGUAGCCUCUCUCCCGGAGGUUGCCGUGAAUGUCAUCUCAACGUCCCCAUGAAAACAGGCGGGAACCGAGGCGUAGUCUGGGGUACAAGAUGGCACGGCGGGCAGGGGGCGAAGGCUCCCCAAAAAAGAACACAUCCCUCAACCUGGUGGCUGGGUUCUUCCACUACCUCCGCGAUGAGCAGGAGGCUGUGCAGAAAAGGACAUUCACGAAAUGGAUCAAUUCCCACUUGGCAAAGCGUGUCCCGUCUCUGGUGGUGACAGACCUCUUUGAGGACAUCAAGGAUGGCGUGAUGCUACUGGCCCUGCUGGAAGUCCUCUCCGGACAAAAACUGCCUUGUGAGCAGGGCAAGAAGCUAAAGAGGAUCCACUGGGUCGCCAACAUCGGUACAGCUCUCAACUUCCUUGAGGGUAGGAAGUCUGCCUACAGAGGAUCUCCGAUCAAGCUUGUGAACAUCAACUCCACAGACAUUGUUGAUGGACGGCCGUCAAUUGUAUUGGGGUUGAUGUGGACCAUCAUCCUCUAUUUCCAGAUUGAGGAGUUAACCAGUAGCCUACCAGCACUUCACGCUGUCUCCAGCAGCACUUCUUCACUGGACAGCUCCACCAGCAGCACUGACACCACCAGCCCACCUGUCAAAAGAAAACCCCUCCCACCUCUGCAAGGUGGAGCCAGAAAGGCCCUGCUAAGAUGGGUCCAGCAGACAGCAACCAAACGUCUGGGGAUUGAAGUGAAGGACUUUGGCCCCAGCUGGCGCACAGGGUUGGCAUUCUUUGCCAUUAUCAACGCCCUUCGGCCCAAUCUAGUUGACAUGGAGCAUGUUUGGAGGAGGCCCAACAGAGAAAAUCUUCAGGAAGCCUUCUUCUUGGCUGAGACACAGUUGGGCAUUCCUCAACUUCUAGACCCCGAGGAUGUCGAUGUAGACAAGCCAGACGAGAAAUCCAUUAUGACUUACGUUGCCCAGUUCCUGAAGCAUCACCCUGACCGAAAGCAGAGCGACUCAGACGGACAGCUAGAAGAAGAGCACGGUCUUGCUCCUCGCGAUAUAGAGGAAAUGUUGGAGAGAGAGCAGCGAAAGAGCCUGAGGGAGCUCAAAAUGUGGCUCAACCAGCUGGAGAGAGAUGCAGUACAGGCUCAGGAGACUGAGGGCAAUCUCUCUCAACAGUACCAGUCGUUUAAGAGUCUGCGUGUCCAGUUGGAGAUGAGGAGGAAGCAGGUGGAGGGAGCUCUGCAGUCCACUCAAAAGGAUGGGAUGCUGACAGUGGACCAGGCUCUGGUCAAACAAGCCUGGGAAAGAGUCUCUAACAGGCUCCUGGACUGGCAUCUGCAGCUGGACAGGUCUCUGCCUGCUCCUCUGGACAAAGUGGGGGCGUGGCUGCAUGAGGCUGAAGGAGCUCUGCGACAAGAGAUCAUCGUCCAUCAGGCACAUGAUGUGACAGCUAACACUGUCCACAGGGCUCUGGAGCAGCACAAGGAUGUGUUGAAGAGCCUGGAAAGUCACCAGCAGGUCUUUCAGAGAAUCCAUAAAGACAGAAGUGUUGAUGGAGUCCCUGUUCCCCCAGACCAGCUCCAAGACAUGGCUGAGAGGAUGAACUUUGUCUCCACAUCUUCUAGCAUCCACUUGUCUAGAAUGGAGUUCUUGGAGAACAAACAUCACAUGCAGGCCUUUCUCACUCUCGCCGAGUCGAAGCUCAAAUCCUGGAUCAUAAAAUACGGCCGACAAGAAUCUGUGGAACUGAUGCUACACAAUUAUGUUUUGUUUGUGGAGAAGCAUCAUUUCUUUGAAAAUUACGAGGCAUUGUUCCGAUCGUUGAAACAGUCGGCUGAGGCCUAUGUCAGUGCUGACAGCUCAGCGGACGAAGGCGAGAUGGGUGUGCGCAGGUUCAUGCGAGAGGUAGUGACCCAGUGGAGGAGUCUGUCCAUGGAAGUGCGCAGUGUGAGGAGUAUGCUGGAGGAGGUGCUAUCCAACUGGGAGAGGUACAGCUCCACUGUGGCCUCCUUACAGGCCUGGCUGGAGGAUGCAGAGGAAGCUCUGAGCCAGCCGGAAAACACAAAACGGGAGUUUUUCAGGAUCCUCAGCCACUGGAUGGAUCAGCAUGCAGCCAUGAACGACGCGGGGAAUUUUCUCAUUGAGACGUGUGAUGAGACUGUGUCGCUUGAUCUCAAGCAGCAGCUACUUCUUUUGAAUGGACGAUGGAGAGACCUCUUCCUCAAAGUCAAACAAUAUGCCCAUGCAGAUGAGCUGGAGAAGUGGAGAAGAGACCACCUAAAGGCUGUGACGGCCCUGAAAGAGCUGCUGGACACAGCAGAGGCCAAGCUUAAUGUUCCUGUCCAGGUGUCUUUCCUCAGUGUUAGAUCCUUUCUGCAGGAUGUGGAGAAUACCAAGCAAAAGGUUGUUGCCAUGGAGACACAAUACAAGUUGGCUGCCCGCAGUGCUCAGCUCCUCGCCAAGGAUGCACCACAGGAUGAGGCUGCCAGGGUCAUGGCAGCUAUGGCAACAGCCAAAAGUCAGCUGAGUAAGGUGAGAGAGCGGUGUCCCUCCCUUGUGAGGGAGUGUCAUGUUCUUCUGCCACUGUUGGAGGAGAUGGAGAAACACAUCACUGCUUUUUACCAAGCCCUGGAGCGAGCCAGUCGCAUCACUUCUGCUGCCAGAGACCCAGACACACAGACCCAGACCCAGCAAAAACAGAAGUGGCAGGAUUUGUUAAACCAGCAGCAAAGCUGUAAACGCUGUCUGUCAGUGAUUGAGAGGAAUCACCACACCCUGCAGAGGACACUCUCCACCAGUAAGGUGCUCCGAAACUUCGACCUGUCCCCGCUGCAGAAGAGAGUGGCUGAAAUACAGGGCUCUGCGCAGGCUUUGCUGAAGGAGGUUGGGGAAUGGAGAAGGCAGGAAGAGGCCAACAACUGCCUAAGGAGGAGGUUUGAAGAAUCGAGACAGGAGCUGGAGAGAGUGCUGAAGAAAGCUCAGGGUUGCUUGAGAGAGACUGGAGAUGCCGAGGAAUUACUGAAGAAACACAGUGAUUUUUUUGGCCAACUGGACCAGCGGUUGCUGAGUGUGUUCCUGAAGGCGUGCGAUGAGCUGACUGACAUCCUGCCACAGGAGGAGCAACAGGGGCUGCAAGAAACUGUCCGCAGGCUGCACAAACACUGGAAGGACAUCCAGGGUGAGAUACCGUCUCACCUGCUCCGUCUUAAAGUGGAGGUGGAGCGUAGUCGAGUGGAUGUGAUUAUACAAGACGUCAGAGCAGAGCUGGACAGAGAAACGCAAGCCCUGUCUGGCACCUGCACCAGUGAGCGAGUGAUCAAAGAGCACAGAACUUUUUUCAGGGAACGCAAACCUCUGACUUUGUGUGAGAAGAGGAUUAGAAACAUGGAGGAUCUGUGUCAUAAGUUGCCUGACAACGACCCGGCUUAUCGAACGCUAGAUUCCACCAGGAGGGCUGUAGAGGAGGUUACGGAGCAAAUCAAAAGCACCCACCUCAAACUGGAGCAUCACCCUGAUAAAUGGAAAGAGUGGAAUGAGAGGUUCUGUGAGCUUUCUGAUUGGCUUUCAUCUCAGAGGAGGCAGGUGAGGCUUUUGAGAGAGACGGCAAGAAAUUCGGGCCACCAGGAGCAAGUUGACGCUGCUGUUCAGGCACUGCAGGAAGCAGUAGAUGCCCGAGAGGAGAGUCUGCUGUGGCUGAAGAGCCGUCUUGCUGGGCUGUCUGAAGUCAGCUCUGAACUGGAGGUCCAGAGACAGAGAACAGCUUUGGCCAAACUCUCAACCGACCUGCGGGCACUCUUUUCUUCACUCUGUCAGUGGGGUGAGGAGGGCUCUGCUAUGUUCCAGUAUGAGGAGCUGAGGGAGGAGGUGCGUGGUGCACUGGACGAGGUUCUCAGAGUGCGGAGAGAGGCUGAGGAGCAGACCGGCAGGAUCCUGGAUGCUGAGGGCCUGGAGGAGGCCAAACAACUUUACCUUAUUCACCAGCACCACCUAAAACGCUUGCAUGCUAACAGGAGGGAGGCAGAGCUUCUGGUGGCCCACUGCCGCCAGCUGCAGAAAGGGGAGGGGCUUAGUCAGUCCCUGAGGGAGCUGGAGGGAGCUUUCCGAGAAGUCGACCACAAAUCAGCGACAAAGGAGCACAACCUGCAGGCUACUCUGAGCUCCUGGCAGAGUUUUGAAGCAGAAAGAGAAGCAGUCUGGAGGUUUAUCAGUAAUACCAACAAUGAGCUGCACAAAGAACUUAUUUUCAACAGCCUGGAUAGCCUGAAAACUGAACUGGAGCAUAACAAGGAGCUCUUCACAAAGGUUGAGGAGUAUUCUGUGCGAGCAGAACUCCUCCUGGAGAAGGCAGCAGACAUUCAGCUUGGUCCGAAGAAUCAGACUCUUCUUCUACAGCAGGCUCAGUCCACUACAGAAGCAGUCACACAACUGCAAGACCACCUCAACAAGAAUGUUGCCCAGCUGGAGAUGAUGUGCAUGUGGUGGGAGCGUUUCAGCAGUGAAUCAGAGAUCUUCUCUCUGUGGAUCAAUGAGAAAGAGGCGGAGCUGGAGGCUGUCAACUCCACCUCCUCCUUAGAUCCUCUGGACAAACACAUCAGCACAGUGGAGGCUGUGUCAGAGGGUUUAGAAGAGAGAAGGGCAGCCCUUGCCCACAUGGAGGCAGACUGUGAGGCCCUGUCGAGCUUUGUGACCCCUGGAGAGGCUGGACGUAUCCGGGCACGACUUGCACAGAUGAGGCGCUACUGGGAAGAGUUGAAGGGGAGAGUGGAGCAGCUGGGAGGACAGCUCAACCAGAGCGCCUCGUACUGGCAGAGAUACAAUGAUAACCUUGAACAGGUCAAGAAAGCAAUGAGUGACCUUAAAGAGAAGCUGGACUGUCCAGUCACAUACUGUUCAUCAUCAUCUGAGACCUACAAAAGCCUCCAGGAUCACAUGGAGGUCUGCCAGGGUGUUGAGCAGCUGAACCCCAGGCUGAUGACUUUGUGUUCAGCCAUGAAGAGGCUUGGAGAGGGCAGCCAGCUGGAGGAAGAGGUGGCUAACCUCCAGAGGCAACAGGGAGAGUUUAUGGGAAAGGCAACAGAAAAGCAAUCAACAUUAGAGAGCCUUCUAGCACUGUGGCAAAGAUUUGAAAAGGAGAGCUCGUCCAUGAAAAGCUGGCUGAACAGAUGUGAGUCUGUUUGCUGUCCAGACACCGACCUGCUUUCUGCAGACAAAGUAAAGCUCAGAAAUGAACUGCUAAACGUUCAGGAAAUGCAGGGCGAGACGACAUCCUACGAAGUUCUUCUGCAGGGUCUUGUGAAUCUCGCACUGUGUCUGUACCCCACAGCGCCUGAAACUCGUAUCCAAGAGAUCAGCAAUGAUCUCACACGACUGGAGGAAAGAUGCACUUCUAUGAAGAACAGCAUAUCACACAGGCUUGAGCUGCUGGAGUCGCAGUUGUCACAGCUGGAGCAGUUUGAUCAGGCACUAUUGACUCUGACCCAAAGGAGUGAGAACUUCCUGUCUGGCUUGAGAAGCUCUUCCCAGGUUGAUAUUGCUGAUGUUGAGGCUGCAAUUAGUAAGCUGAAGACACAUGAGGAGCAACUACAAGCACAUGCAUUAUUGAGAGAGACUCUUGAGCAAAGAGAGUCCUCCCUGCUUUGCUGCUCCACCUUGGAGGCCCAGCAGCAGCUCCAGGGCUGGAGAGAGGACUGCCUACAGCCACUCAUUGAGUCCCACCGUCUCCUGCUCCUCCGUAAAGAGUGCCUGACAGCAUUAAAAGCCUUUCUGGAGAAGAAUGGAGCAGCAGGUAGGGCUGUGCGGAGCCUUCAUGAGGCGGUGGAGGGCAGGGGGAGCUGGGAUCGCUCCAAAGCUGAAGAGCUGCACCGUGGAAUAGGCGAAGUGGCUAAAGACGUGGCCAAGCUUGAAGCUGAGGCAGUGGGGUUGGAUGGGCAGCUAAGCAAGGCACACCUUCACCUGAGCGGCGCAGAGUGGCGGGGCUCCAAAGAUGUCAGUCAUCCUCAGGGAAGAACAUCCUGCAGGGGACAGGUGGUGGCCCUCAUGAUGGCUCUAGAGGAGGUGCAGAGGGGCGUCGGAUGGAGGCAGAGUGAAGCAGAUGCUUUAGGGGCAUUAUGGAGCUCCUUCAGGGAGAGGAGGGAGGAGGUGAUGGAGAAUUUGAAGAAACUGGAGAAUGAAGGAAGGCAAGAGGGGGCCAGAGAGAGCACUGUACAGGCUUUUCAAAACAGGCUGCGUUUUUUCGUCCAGCUGGAGGAUGAGCUCCAGUCCCUGCAGCAUUCCCAGCGGUGGUUAGAGGAGAAGGGAAGCCAGCUGGCCCAGCGAGACAGUGAGCUGGCUGGGGAGGCUCUCAGAGAGGUAGCACUGGUGAAGACAGCCUGGGAGAACGUGAGGACUCUGAUCACCAACGGUCAGGAACAGAGUGGGGUUGUGGUAGAUCUUCUCCGCCAGUUCCACCACCUGAAGUCAGUCCUCACCGCUGUUGUGGAGAACGCUGAGGCUGUUGCUCACAAUCUGCCUGACCACAACCACAAUGCUCAGGAGGCCAAAAGGACUUUUACUCGACAUGACACUGUCCAAGCUGAGCUGAGAGAAAAACAGGAUGACAUGGACCAGCUCAUCAGCACAGUGGAGGACCUGCAGAGAGAGCUGGAGAAGGUUCCCAACUCUGAUGCAAGCUCCGUCCAGAGAGACAUGGAGACGUUAAGAGACCAGUGGCUGGAGGUCUCAGAGAGAAUACAAACCAACACAGAGAGACUGGGCUACUGUGUAGCGCUGUGGGACGACCUCAAGUCAAUGGAGCAGGACAUUAACCAAUGGGCGGCCAACUCCAUCGCUGAUCUCACCGACAGUGUUAGUAAUCUCAGUGAUAAAGAGCAGACAGAGGCCCAUCUUGCCACCUUUCAGGCUGACAUUGAGAAGAGGGAGCAGAGACUGGACGCCCUGCAGGAGAGAGUGACAGAGCUGAAGGAGCGAGCCAAGCUGCAGGAAACCCCGUUACAAAUGCAGGUCCUGGAGUCAGACCUGAGGAAGAAAAUGGCCCAUGCACAGGAGGUGUACAACCAGGCCAAACACGCUCUGACCUACUUCAGUUUCCAGAAGCAGCGACUGGAAGACCUCAUGUCCCAGAUGGCCGAGCGGCUGGUGGCAGUUGAGGGUUCGCUAUCUGACCUCACUGAAGCUACUUCUCCUGAAGACAUUGGCACAGUGAAGGACCUGCAGAGCAUUGUGCAGCAGCAGAGGGCAGACAUGGACUCGGCCAGAGAUGCUCUGAGUGCCCUGUGCAGGUCUCAUCCCUCACAGGAGCUGUCGUGCCUCUCCUCUGACCUCACCUCCAUUGCCAAGCGAACAGAGGCUGUUGCCCAGCGCUGUGCCAAGACCAGGGGCAGCCUGCAGGAUGGGCUACAGCUCCACUUCAACGCAGAGCUCGUCCAAGACUUUCACUCUCGGCUGACAGAUCUGAAGUUGGAGCUAAAAGAAUGCUCAAGCCAAUCAGGAGAUCUUACCGUCCUUGGAGCAAAGUUGCAAAGGCUAAAGGUGUCAGUUGAGCAGACAUCACAGGGUGAGGAGCGUCUCUCUAAGGUUCGUGAAGAAGCCGAGAGGUUGCAGCUCCACCUGUCUAAAGCUGGAGCAGCACAGGUCCAAGAGCAUCUCUCCUCCUGUCAGAGAGAGUGGAGGAACUACCUGGAUAGCUGCUCUCAGAGCCAACGAGACCUGGAAGAGAGUAUUGACCUUCUGAAAGACUUUAAUUACUGUGUGGAGGGUGUAAGAGACUGGCUGAAGCAGAUGGAUCUCAGCCUCAAGAGAGAGCCUGUUCUUGGGGCAGAGUGCCAGCAAGGAGCCCCAGACACCACAGAAGAGCUGGAGCGGAUGGAAAACCUCCAUAAGGAACUGCUUGCAAGAAGGGACUCCAUCGAGCGUCUCAGCCAGGAGGCUCAGUCUCUUUCUGAAGCAGGCCGGGGGUCAGGAGGAGAGGUCAGAGUGACAGGCCAGCUCCAGAUGGAGCACCAGGCCCUGCUGAAGGCAGCCAGGGAGAAGCUGCGGGGAUGCCAAGAGAGCCAGGCCUUUGGAGAGACCCUCCAAGGGGUUUGGGCCUGGCUGGAGGAGAUCCAGGAGAGACUGGGUACAGUAGACAGCACCAUGGGGACCAAAGAACAGCUGGAGCAGAGGCUGGAGACUGUGCAGGACAUCCUGCUUUUGAAAGGGGAGGGGGAGGUCAAGCUGAAUAUGGCCAUGGGUAAGGGUGAGUUGGCCCUGCGCAGCUAUGGAGCAGCCGGACAGGAAGUGGUCCGCUCUCAGCUACAGGAAGUGGAGGAUGCAUGGGCCACGUUGCUUGUGACUGCCAUGAGCUGCCACAGCCGAUUAGAGUGGACCGUGUCGCAGUGGGGAGGAUACCUAGAGAGUGCUGCCCAGCUGCGGUGCUGGAUGGAGGCUGUGGAGAGGGAGGUGUGUGCCCCUCUCACCCCCCAGCCGGGACCCAGAGAGAAGGCCUCCCAGCUCGAGAGACUCAGAGCCCUGCUAGCUGAUCUGGAAGACCACCAGGUGGCGCUAUCCAGCCUGGAAGAAAAAGCCAGGGAGCUGUUUAAGAAGACUGCCGAUGCCAGCUUUAAUCACGGUGCCCGCACCCAGCUGCAGGUGCAGUUUGAUGACCUAACAGCCUUGGUGGAGGAGAGAGUACGUCUAGCGCAGGCCGUGGUGCUGGAACACCAAGACUACCUGGAGGCUGUUAGGGAGCUCACUGACUGGCUGAUGACUGCUGGAGAGGAGCUACAUCAUUGGUCUGAUACAUCAGGAGACUCUGUCUCCAUCAAAAAGAAACUGUCAGAAGUGAGGGAGCGUGUGGAGUGUCGGCUACUAGAGGGCCGAGAGCGCCUCAGUAGGGUGCGUCGGAGCGCAGCAUCCACGGCGGAGCACACGGCAGCAGGUGGCUGCGAGGCCAUGGACCGACAGCUGGGGGCACUGUCCCAGGCUCUGGAGCAGUGGGAGGGGGCCGCCCUGAGGGCCAGGGACGGCCUGGAGGGGGCUCUUGCCGCUGCUGCAGCCUCAGAGGAAGAAUAUGACCGUCUGACUGCGCGGCUGGAGGACAAAUUAAAAGAGCUGGAUGGACGGCUGAGGGGGUGGAGCCAGGAGUUGAUUAAAGCUGAAGGGAGGAGCAACGGCGAGGAAGCAGUUGAGGGAUGGCAGCUGGCUAAGGAUAUACUGGAGGGCUUGCAGAGCGCCGAGCCGAUGGCAGAGAAGUUGAAAGGCCAACUGAACGACCUGGUGCGAUACUCCAGAGACCUGGGCUCACAGUCAGACCGUGUCACUGCGCUUAUCAAACAGCACAACAGUCUCAGUCUUCGUGCAUCCAGGGAGUGUCAAAAUAAGGAGCGCUUGUUGGAGCAGAGGUUCCGUGCAGCCUUGAGAGACUUCCAGCAGUGGUUGGUCAAUGCCAAAAUCAGCACCGCCAAAUGCUUUGAUGUGCCACAGAGUGUCGCCGAGGCCUCUACAGCUCUGCAGAGGAUCCAAGAGUUCUUGAGUGACAGGGAGCAUGGCCAGUCCAGGCUGAGUACAGUAGGAGCCAGUGGGGAGCUGCUGAUGGCUGUGGUGUCCAAAGACAGAGUGGAGGGAAUCAAGGCCAAGGUGGUGAACGCCAGAGAAGACUGGAAGAGCCUGAUGAAUAACCUGCAGAUGAGGGAGGAUGCACUUAAGAACCUGCAGUCCCAGAUGACGGAGUUUGAGGCCAGUGCUGAGCCUCUGCAGGACUGGCUGAACAGCACAGAGGUCAGAGUUCAGGAGAGCAGUGCUCGGCUACACGACCUUCCAGCCAAGAAACAGGAGCUCAGCAAACUACAGUGUGUGUUGGAGGAGAUGGCCAGUCGGGAAGCAGAGCUGGGGAGGCUCAGGGAAAGAGCUCAUCGUCUCUGGGAGGGACAAGCAGCUGGCAAGGGUUUCGUCCAUCGUGUGUCCCAGCUAUCAGCACAGUACCUAGCACUCAGCAAUUUAACCAAGGACAAGGCCUCCAGGAUUGAACGUAUUGUAGGGGAACACCGCCUCUUCUCUCAGGGCCUUAAAGAGCUCCAGGAUUGGGUGUGUGAAGCUCAGAGGGUCCUCAACACCUGCAUCUCCACCACCACUGACAAGGGGGUGUUAGAGGACCGGAUGUUACAGCUGGAAGCCUUACUGGCUGCUCGUCAGGAGCGGGAGAUCCAACUGAAGAUGCUUCUGACUCGGGGAGAAGCAGUCCAGAGGAACACGUCAGCUGAGGGGGUCCCAGUGAUUCGCAAACAGAUCCAGGACCUCAAAGACUCAUGGGACUCCUUGCUUUCCGCCUCCAUUCAGUGUAAAAGCCAGCUGGAGGGCGCUUUGUCACAGUGGACCAGCUAUCAGGAAGAUGUGGGUCAGUUUGUGCUGUGGAUGGACCGGGUUGAGGAGACACUUAGCUGCUCAGACAGACAGUAUUCUGAGAUGAGAGACAAGACUGCUAACCUGGGAAAGACUAAGCUUCUCUAUGAAGAAGUACUGAGUCACAGCAGUCCUCUGGAGACCAUUGCCACAAAGGGGUCCAACAUGGCUGAACACUACACUACCCAGCAGGAGGUGCAGCAGCUGCAGUGUAGAUAUAACGCCCUCAAAGAAAAGGCCAAGAAUGCAGUUAGUAAGGCCAAAGGGCUGGUGCUGGUCCAUCAGGAAUAUCAAAGGGGGUUACAUGUGUUUGAGGACUGGCUGGAGCAGGAACAGGCCUCUUUGGCAUCAUUGUCCCAUCCAGAGGGAAACGUGGAUACACUGGAGAAGACACUGCAACAGCUACAGCUCCUGCAGGAACGCUGCUCAAAUGGCCAGUCUUUGCUCUCCUCGGUGCUGACCAGCAGAGAGAGAGUGAUCCCCUGGGGUAUACCUCAGAUCGAAGACCGAGCGCUGGACACUGCUCAGCGGGAGUGGGGGGCCUACCAGGGCCGUCUGGAGGAGACUCAGACCCAGCUGAGCUCCACACUGACCAGACUGAGGCAGAUGGGCCAAAGGUUCCUGAGUCUGGCCCAGUGGCUGGAGGAGAUGGAGAAGGUGGCAAACGUCAGACGUCAUCGGCGGUCAGACAGAGGCACCAAGGAGACACAGCUGAAGAAACUUAAGGGGUGUCUCGAGGCAGUGCUUGCACGGCAGGGAGAAGUCGAUGGCCUCUCCUCUCUGGCACAGCAGGUUCUGGAGGAAACCUACAUCAGUAGUCGUGUCAGUGUUACUGCCACCCAGCUCACAGCCCGCUACCAUUCCCUGCUGCUCAACAUACAGGACACCAUCAAGCAGCUUCAGGAGGAGCUGAAGAGCAUCGAAGAGGCUGAAAACCUUUGCACGUCCUUCACGGACUGGCUCAGUUCCACUCAGGAAAGCUUCACAGCUUUAACUGACAGUUCUGAACCUCUGGACCGCGUCGCCAUGGAGAGGAAGACGAAAAAAGUAGAGACUCUCCAGUCUGAGCUCCAACACGGUCACAGUUUCCUGAAAUCGCUGAGGGAGCGGGCAGAGCAGGCGGCGGGCUCCCUGGACGAGGCUGGAGCUGAGAGUUUGGGAGCGGAGGUAGAGGCUCGUCUUGCCCAGUUGGAGGAGCUUGCAGGUGGGCUGAGACAGGAGCACAGCUUUCUACAGCGGGCCUCACUGCUAGCUAAGGAGUUCCAGGACCGAUAUAAGGCUCAGGCCCAGUGGCUGGUGGAGACCAGGGCUGUGCUCAGCUCCCCUGUGGAGCCCAAGGCUGAACUGUAUCAACGGAGAGCACUGCUGGCUAAACAUAAGGCUCUGCUGCAGAUGGUUCAGUCCCGUGAUGGAUCCAUCAGGUCAGUGAUGGAGAAAGGAGAUGCUCUGCUAGCCUCCGUCCACUACCCCUCCAUUAGAGACAAAAUGAACAGAAUGCAAAGGGACUACACUGAACUCUGUCAUACGGCCACGGCCCAUGUGGAGAAUCUGGAAGGCCAGGUGAAAGAACAGGAAGCUUACCACAACGAGCUCCAGGAAGUGGAGCGCUGGCUGCUCCAGAUGUCCAGCAGGAUGGUGACCCCUGAUCCAACUGUGGGUGGCAGCCUGGAGGCAGCCACUCAACAGCUGGCCAGACACAAGGCCAUCAUGGAGGAAAUAGCAGGAUUUGAGGAUCGCUUGGCAGGCUUGAAGGAGCGAGGAGACCACCUGGUACAAGGCUGCAGUGACCGUGUGCAGAGCAGGCUGAGACAGCAGGUCCAGGCUCACCAGCAAGGCACCAGAGACAGCUACUCUGCCAUCUGUAGCACAGCACAGAGAGUGUAUCAGAGUCUGGACCAUGAGUUGCAAAGACAUGUGAGUCUCCAAGACACACUGAAGCAGUGCCAGACCUGGUUGACUUCUGUCUCAGAGGAACCAGAGCCUCCUGCACAUCCUCCUCUCAGCCUGGAGGAGGCUCUACAGCAGGUGAAGCAGGAGCGUGCUCUACAGGAACAGGCCAGCACUUACCUCCAGCUUGUGUGUUCAGCAUGUGACCUGUCCGAGCCGAGGGUCAGAGGGACGGCAGCAGCUAUCCAGCAGGUCAAAUUGCAGAUUGAAGAGCGUAUGCUACUCUGUGAGGAGGUCGCAGACAGCUGGAGGGACGUUGAGGAGCAGAAGGCAGAUCUGGAGGUUCAGCUGAGAGAGACAGAGCAGCAACUUCAGAACCUCAUCAGAAGACCUGCGGAGCUGGAGCCCAAGAUUGCACAGAACCAGCUGGACAAAGCACAGGAAUUCCUUCUGCAGAUUAGGGAGAGACAGUCUGAGGUAACCCAUUUAAAUGAAGCUGUUGGUAGGCUGACAGACGGACAGGUCUCUCCUGCCCUGGAGGAGAUAAGAAGACUGAGGAGAAGCUGGAUGGACCUGGGCCAGCGGGCAGAGGAGCUGGAGUCUCAGCGGGGGGAGGACAUGCAGCGAAGCGGGGAGUACCAGGAGAUUGUUGUUGCUGUGGAGGAACUCUUCCACCAAGUUUCCAGGGAAUGGGACUACCUCGCCAGGGCUGACACAGAGAGUACAAGUGAGCAUCUAGAGGCUUUGAGGAAGCUCUCCAGUGACCUAGAGGAGCAAAGAGCAACCCUAGAAGACCUCAGAGACCAGAAACAAGCUAUCCUCCCUCGACUUAGCCUGCUAGACAAGGAGCUGGUCAAGCAACAGGUUGGUCAUCUAGAGCAGCGCUGGGCUCAGCUUGAAACCCUGAUUCAACAGAAGAUCCAGGACUCUGCACAGACACUAGAGGAUCUUGCUCGUGUUGAAACCCAGCUGAGGGAUGCCCGGGAGUGGGUGGAGGAGCAGCGGCCUGCUUUUACCUCUGCGCUGAAAACCAGCCCACCCCCUGAUCUGGCCCAGAGUUUCUUGUUUGACCACCUGAGUGUGUGCGUGGAGCUGGAGGCCCGUCAGCAGCUGCUGGGUCAGGCAGUGAGCGAGGCACAGGCUGUGGCUUCCAGACUGGGGCUGAGUGAGAAGAGAUUCCUGCAGGAGCUCGUUGAACAAGCCCAGACUGAAGUGGAGACUCUGGGGGCUCGGGUGGCCCAAAGGAGGAAGUACCUCAGCAAGGCCUUUACAGAGAGAACACAGUUCCUUCAAGGCCUGGGGAGAGCACUGUCUUGGGUACAGCAACAGGAGAGGAGGGCUUUGAUAGAUGACCACAUAGCACUUCUCCCUGAGGACCUAGCCAAACAGGUUGCUGCUUGUCGGGGUGUCCAGAGUGGUUUACGAGCAUACCAGAGAGAGCUGGCAUCUCUCUGGGUACAAGGGCGAGAGCUAGAGAGAGAUGCCAGUGACAAAGAAAGAGCAGAAACACUGGCCAGACUGGAGAAUCUGCAGUCAGUGUUUGAAACCGCCCUGCAGAGGACGACACAGCGUCUCACAGACUUAGAGAAAGCCUUGACCUCCAGGAAGUACUUCCAGGUUGACCUGGAUAAGACUUGCCACUGGUUGAGACAAGCAGACGCCAUCACCUUCCCUGAGAUCAAUCUAAGCAACAUUGACGAUAGCUCGGAGUUGCAAACACAAUUGUCUAAUUUUCAGAAUGUCCUAGAACAAGCUUCAGAGUACGAGAACCUUCUUCUCAUUGUCCAAAGAAUAGGGCAGGAGAUCCUCCCCACUCUGAACGAGAUUGAUCAUUGCUACCUAGAUGAGAGGCUCAAUGCCCUGCCUCAGCAGUACAACGCCAUCCUAGCUCUAGCCAAAGAGAAAAAAGACAGAGUCCAACAAAUAAUCUUAGAGCGAAAAGAGUUCAGCACUUUCUUUGAUAUCACUCGUAAUGCACUGGAGGAGCUUCAGGAGCAGUUUGACAAUCUGGAGAAGCAGACUAUCAGUAUUAGAGAUGAGGAGCUUGCUCGUCUAAUUAAUGAAUACAGAAGUAUUAAUGAAAGUUUAUUCCAUAUUAGCCCUGCUGUGAGAGAACUGCAUGGCAAAAAUGAGGGGUUUCUCAGUAGGGGUCAGCAAUACAGAGCGGAGGAGACACAGCAGCUGGUCGAUCUCCACAACACGCUGAAAAAGACAAACGAUGAGAAAAUUAAGCACUUGAAUGAUUGCUUGAAAACACUGGUUGAACACAACAGAGUAUCCGCCAAGUUGGACUCAGAGUUUAAGUCUGUGAAAGAGAAACUGGUCAGACUGAAGUCAGACGCAGAAAUCGGUGCCAUGGAUAGAAUCACAAGCCUUUAUUUACUGCUUGAGAGUCUGGACUGUGUGAGCUCUCAAGUUGAAGAAUGUAACCAACAAACUAAGGGCCUUGGCCUGAAGUUUGAUCCCGCUGCCUUUCAGGAAACUACACUGCAGCUUGAAUCAUUGCAGUCUUUACGGUGUGAAGUAAAAUGUUGUGUUGAUGAAAAUGAAAAGAAGGUGACAAAGAAUGAAGAUUUCACAAAAGAGACUGUGAAAAUGUUGGAAUGGCUGCGGACUAUCAAGGUCAAAUUGGAAGAGCCGUUGGCCCUGUCAGAGGUCAAAAUCGAGAGGGUGUAUGAAGAAGUGCGGAAACUGAAGAUCGUGGAAGAGGAAGUGAAAAGUAGAUUUAGGAUAGGGGAUGCUUUGGGGAGCAGAGAGAAGCAAAGGUAUUGUAGUAGAAAAAAACCUGUUCCUGCCCACAUAGAAGAGAAACUACAGGAGAUGGCAAAGCUGGAAGCUGAAGUGCAACAAGGAAUUAGCAAAAAACAGCUGGCUGUGGAUCAAACCCUUUCCCUGGUCCAGAGGCACCACUUAUCUCUGCAGUCUAUGCAGAAAUGUCUGGACUCUGCUGCUGCUGUCCUCCAGAGGGCCAGCUUGGGGGUGGAUCUAGAGAACCAGACAGAUUGUGCGCAGGACCUGGAAGACAUUUCAGCCCAGGAAAAGAACUUCACAGCUGGUUUAGAGGAGCUGAGGACUUUGGAUCCUCUGCUGGAAGAUUUUAUGGAAGCAGGAGCGAUGGGCGAACUUCGAAAAAAAGUUGAGGCAGUGUUGCUGAGAAACACAGAAGUCAAACAGCACCUGGAUACUUACAGAGAUGUGCUUCAGAGUUGUGCAGUGUUAUGGACCUCCUUCCAACACGAGAAAGAGAUGCUAGUUGAACAGAUGAAUGACGCAGAGGGCAAGAUGGCCAUGUUCACUACAGCUAAAGCCGUCAGCAUCCAGCAGGCAGAGGAAAAGUGUCAGAGAUACAAGUCUCUGGUGGCUCACAUCGACCUGCUAGAGUUACCUCUGAAUGCUUUGAAAGAGAAUGCAACAGAGUUAGAGCAGAUCAUCUCAGAGUCCAGCAAAGCUGUCACCAGCCACUCAGUGUCGUCACUGUGGCAGCGGUGGACCCGGCUGCGCAGUGUGGCCCGAGCCCAGGAGAGAGCACUGGAGGACACUGCAAGGGAGUGGAGGAACUUCACUGACAAGAUGGAGAAGGUGCGCUCAGUGUCCCAAGACCUCCACAGCCGUGUCCCAGACAGCACAGUUGAAAAGGCUGCCACCAGGGCGGCGCUCCAGAGCCUCCUGGAGUACCAUGACUCAUUCAGCCAGGAGGUGGAGAGGGAGCAGUCCAUCCUGGCCCUGCUGGGGCAACACACACGCAGCCUCAGAGGAGAGGAGGAGGAGGCGAUGGAGAAAAAGACAGAGAAUGGACAUGAGGAGACACCUUGCCUACAAGAGAUCAGAAGCAUGCAGGAGCAAUAUGACAGCCUCGUGUUGCGGGUACGAGCCAGCAGGGCUCAGGUACACCAGGAGUUGAGGGAGAGAGAGGAGGUUGAGAAGGAGCUGGGCUUGGUCAAAGGAUGGAUCCAGGAUACUCGUGGCUUACUGCUGAGUCCCACUGCAGACCUGGAUUCACUGCUGCAAGAGCUAGAGACUGCACAUGGUGAGGUCAUCAGCAGGCGCCAGAGUGUGGAGCGCAUGACAGAGCUGCAGCAGUCCAAGUACCAGGACCUCCAGGCUGGUCUGCCCUCUGAGCUCAGCAUGCAGCUGGCUGAGGUGGCUCUGGCUCUGGGCUCCGCUGAAGACCAGGUCCAGGCGAGAGAAAGGGAGGUGCAGCAGACCAGAGAUGUCAAAGAAGACUUCAGCUUCAGACUCCAGGACAUCGAGGCGAAGCUGAAGACCAUCGCUCUGAAAUUGGAAGACAAGGGUGCUGACCUAAAGGAGGCCAAAGAAGAGACCAAAGCUCUUUGUGAAGAGUGUGACUGCUGUGGUCGCUCUCUGGCGGAGUUAGGAGUAGCGGUGCAGGAGUUUGGGGAGCAGAACCCUCUGCUGUGUAAGCAGCUGGGCGAUGCUGUGGCCAAACUGACAGAGGUGCAGCGACACACCACGCAGCAGGUCCAGGACAGAGCCAACAGACUGAAAAAGGCGGAGAGGCAGGUGGAGGAAUAUCAGGGUAUGAAGGCAUUCAUUUUGGGCUGGACAGAAAAGGCAGAAGCUCUGGUCACUGGUGGCAUUAUCUGGGGCUCUGCGUCCCAGCUGCAGGAGCAAAUUCGAGCACACCAGGCGUUGCUGCGGGAGUGUCGGGGUCUCCAUGGCGACUUGGAGGCCAUGGGGGAGAGGGAGGGGCAGCUGGGGGAGGUGUUGCAGACAGAGGGGUGGAUACAGCAGGUGAAACACCUCAGCAGACGCACAGAGGAGCUGCAGCAAACUGCCAAGACUCGCCUCCAGAGUCUGCAGGAUGCAGCAAAGGACAUGUUGCGUUUGGAGGCAGAGGUGAAGAUCCUCCAUGCUGCUGUAGACCAGAUCCAGAUCACACUUGCGUCCCCCGACCUCAACAGGCUCAGCCUCAGGGAACAGCUCACACAGAGACAGCGUCUGUUGGUGGAAAUGGAGGGCUUCAAGCAGCAGGUGGCGGCAGUACAGCAGUGUCAGAGCGCCCUCCGGCUACCAGAGGAGGUAGUUGCCAGCCUGCCUAUCUGCCGCACAGCUCAGACUCUGCAGCAGGAGGCCAGCCAACUGCAGCAUACCACCAUCCAGCAGUGCAACAUCCUGCAGGAGGCUGUGGUGCAGUAUGAGCAGUACGAACAGGAAGUUAAGAACCUCCAGAGAUUAAUAGAAGAGGCUCAUCGCAUCAUUCAGGACCGGCCAGUCUCCACCAAUAACAUACAGGAACUUCAGGCUCAAAUACACCACCAUGAGGAGCUGGCCCAGAAGAUCCGUGGCUACCAGGAGCAGAUCGCCUCGCUCCACUCCAAGUGCAAGAUGCUGACGGUGAAAGCCAAACAUGCCACCAUGCUGCUGACGGUCAACGAGGUGGAGGGCCUUUCAGACGGCGUGGACGAGCUGAGUGAUGAGGAGCUGCCCAGCUCUGUGGCAACCAGCAACGCCGCCACCAACAAGCAGCUCCCAGCACACCCCUCUGUCGUCAUGAUGACAGCCGGCCGCUGCCACACACUCCUCUCCCCUGUGACGGAGGAGUCAGGGGAGGAGGGCACCAACAGCGAGGUCUCCUCUCCCCCUGCCUGCCGCUCCCCCUCCCCGGGGGCUAACGCUGAUGCUCCUCUUAACCAGGGUCGAGGUGCCUUAAGCCGAGCGCCUCUCCAGGAGCUAUACGACCCGUCCAUGGAGACUAGUGCUGCCAACCUCGAUGACCUGCAGAGAUCCUGGGAAACACUCAAGAACGUGAUCAACGAGAAGCAAAAGAGUCUGUAUGAAGCUCUGGAGCGGCAGCAACACUAUCAGGAGUCCCUCCAGUCCAUUUCCACUAAAAUGGAGUCCAUAGAAGGAGCGCUCAAUGAGGGUCUGGAGCCUAACAAGAGCCCCGAGAGCCAGAUGGCUGCACACCAGGCUCUGAUGGAUGAGAUCCUGAUGCUGCAGGAUGAGAUUGGUGAGUUACAGACGUGUUUCUCUGAGGAGCUGGCAGACAGUGACAGCGAUGGGGAGGCUGGGGACCAACUGGCUCUUCAGUCUACUCUUACUGUGCUGGGAGAGAGGAUGGCCACCAUUCGAAUGAAGGCUUCUGGGAAACGGCAGCUGCUGGAGGAGAGACUCAGUGAACAGCUAGAGGAGCAGCGGCAGGAACAGGCGCUGCAGCGUUACCACAGUGAGGCCGAGGAGCUCGACCACUGGCUGCUUAGCACUCGUGCCACUCUGAGCUCUGCCCUUCAGCCCCAAAACGAGGACUUGGACAUGGAGGAGCAGCUCAUUGAUUGUCAGAAUAUGCUGUUCGAGAUCGAGCAGAAGGUCUCAUAUCUGUCAGAGCUGUCCGUCCACAGCGAGAGCUUGCUGAUGGAGGGUCGGGCCGAGACCAAGGGGGAGGCGGAGCAACUCACCCUCAAACUGCACUCCCUCAAAGACAGCCUGAUGGAACUGCAGCAGAUGCUACAGGAUAAACAAAUUGACAUACAGGGUUCAUUGCAGGAGCAGGAGGACAGUGAGCCAGAUUCAUCUCUGUCUCAGAGUCCUAAUGUCCAGGAUUGGCUUUCCCAGGCCAGAUCCACACGCACACAGCAGCACCACGACAACCUUCUUCGACAGAGGGAGCUGCAGGAGCGGGUAGCUGAACAGAGGAGGCUGCUGAAGUCUGUAGCCAGUGUUGGAGAAGAGUUACUCAGCCAACAGACCACACCUAAUGGGGACAGUGAGGUGUCCAUCCCAGGAGGAAUAUUGCUGGAGUCUGAGACCAUUUCACCUUUGAAACAGAUGAGACAGCGCUGGGAAAACCUCAAUAAAGAUCAAAACACAAAGCUGCAGCUCUCCCUCAAUUCUCUGGAACAGGACCAGCUGAGCCCGGUCCUCCACCGGUCCCGUCUGUCCAGCCCCAGUAUGGUGUUUAGAGGCGUGUCUGCUAAUCAGGACUCUCGCUCUCCCAGAGCUUUGUUUGAGGCCUGUGGUCAGACUCUGGAACGAAUUGCCCAUGAGACGGCGGGUGGUGACAGCAGAUUGGUAGCAUCUUUAGGUGGGACAACAGUUCAACAGGACCUGUACUCUGCAGUUUCCGCAGCCUCCUCCUGGUUGGAUGCUGCUGAGAACCAGCUGCUCUCUGGUCCUGUGUUGCUGUCUGAAGACACAGAGACACAACUUACAAAUCUGGAGGGUCUGAAUAAACAGCUGAAGGCAAUGACCAGGGAGGUAAACCUGUGCAGAGACCAUCUGGGUGGCGGAGUGGGCCGGUUGUGUGGGGGAGACGAGCAAGCUCUUAUGGAGGACACACUGGAGGGCCUGCAGGAGAGGAUGGGGCUGCUGGACUCCACCCUUGAACAACACUGUGACACCUUGAGGGACAAACUACAGGAACACUCAACCUUCCAGAAUGAACUGAGGCUGCUGUUCACAGCUCUGACUGAAAGUAAACACCUGUUGCUACAGAAGAUGGCUGGAACUGUCGACAGACCUGCGUCCAAACAGAUAGAGACAUUAUCAGAGGUGGAGGAGAGUCUGAGAGAGUUUGAGCAGAGAGUGACUGAACUGAAGACAAGAGCGGAGGGACUCCAAUCUGACCAAAUCUCCAACCAGGAACUUAUCAAACUACAGGAUGCAUAUGAGGAGCUGGUGCUGAUGGUGGGCUCGAGACGUAGUAGCCUGAACCACGGCUUGUCUCUCAAGGCUCAGUAUGAAGCUGCACUUCAUGACCUCACAGACCUAGUGGACACUGCCCAGGACAAGAUGGCUGCCGAUCAGAAGAUGACAGUGGCUUCUGUCAUAGAGGUUCAGAUGUUACUGGACAAACACAAAGAAUUUUUCCAGGGUCUCGAAUGCCAUAUGAUCCUCACCCAGACGUUCUACAGUAAAGUGUGUGGUCUGGUGGCACAGAGGGAAAGCCAGACCCUGGAGGAGACCAUGGCCUUAGCCCACAGUGUGCUCAAACAGGCCCACAGGAGGGGAGUGGAGUUGGAGGGAAUACUGGAGUCGUGGAGCAAGCUUGUGGAAGAGUACCAGGCUCUGUGCAGACAGCUGGAGGCUGUGGAGUGUAGCAUCCCUACUGUGGGCUUGGUAGAGGAGACAGAGGAAAGACUUGUUGAAAGGAUCGGUCUCUUCCAGCGUCUGAAGGCCAGCCUGACGGAGCAUCAGCCCCAGCUAUACCAGGUCCUGGAGGAAGGCAAAAGGCUCCUUCUGUCUGUUGGCUGUUCAGACCUGGAGAACCAGCUGACCCAACUUGGAGAACACUGGCUCUCCUCCACCACCAAAGUCAACAAGGAGCUGCACCGCCUUGAUUCCACGCUAAAACACUGGAGCAGGUACCAGAGUGAGUCAGCAGAGCUGAGCCACUGGUUACAGUCGGCUCUGGACCGACUAGAGUUCUGGACGACCCAGUCAGUGACAGUGCCUCAGGAGCUGGAGACUGUCAGAGAUCACCUCUAUGCCUUCCUGGAGUUUUCCAAAGAGGUGGAUGCGAAGUCGUCCUUGCGCUCAUCUGUGCUGAGUACUGGGAACCAGCUCCUGCGAUUGAAAAGAGUAGAUACAGCUGGUCUCAGGACAGCACUUGGCCAAAUCGACACUCAGUGGGCGGAGCUGUUGACUCGUAUUCCUGUAGUACAAGAGAAGCUACACCAGUUGCAGAUGGAGAAACUGGCAUCCCGGCAUGCCAUCACAGAGCUGAUGAGCUGGAUUUCUCUCAUGGAGAACAUUAUACAGGAGGACCAGGAUAAAAUCAUGGGAGCUGUAGGCUCAGAAGUGGUCCAGGACUUCCUGCAGAAGUAUAAGGGUUUCCGCAUAGAUCUGACCUGUAAGCAGUUGACUGUGGACUUUGUAAACCAGUCAGUGCUGCAGAUCAGCAGUCAGGAUGUGGAGGGUAAGCGCAGUGACAAAACAGACUUUGCUGAGAAGCUGGGAGCUAUGAACAGACGGUGGCAGAUACUGCAGGGGCUCAUCACUGAAAAGAUUCAGCUUUUGGAAGGACUUUUGGAAGGUUGGUUGGAGCAUGAAAAUGGGGUUCAGGCCCUGAAAACCUGGCUCACACUACAGGAGGAGAAACUGAAGAAGAGACACAGGAUAGAGGAUGUAGCAUCGGUGCAGAAUGCACUUAAAGACUGUCAGGAGUUAGAGGAAUUAGUGAAGGACAAAGAGAAGGAUCUAGAGAAAGCAGAGGAACGAGGAAAUGCACUCAUUCAGGAUAAGAAAGGAGCAGCCUGCUCAGCUGUGAAGGAGACCCUCAAAGGAUUGAACCAAUCCUGGGCUCAUCUGGACCACAUGAUAAGUCAGAUGAAGGUGAGCCUGCGGUCGGUGCUGGAGCAGUGGACGCUGUACCGACGAGCUUCAGAUGAGAUUAAUGGGUACCUGAUGGAGGGGAGGUAUUCUGUGUCCAGGCUGCACCUCCUUAACGGGUCUCUAGAGGCAGUACAGCAGCAGGUGGAGAGUCUGGAGAACCUGCAGGAGGAGAUGGACAAACAGGAGAGCAGCCUGAGGAAGUUUGGAUCUGUAACACACCAGCUAUUGACAGAGUGUCACCCAUCUGUGGCUGAAACACUCAACACAGCCCUCCGGGAUGUAAACGUUAGGUGGAACAGUCUAUUAGAGCAGAUCUCAGAGCAGCUGAGGAGCAGCAAAGCCCUGCUGGUGUUGUGGCAGCGCUACAGGUCAUUGUGUGGCCAAUGUGUGACAGCGGUUCAGAAACAGGAAGAACGUGCUGAUCGCCUGCUGAAGAGCGCCACGGACAGGGAGAUCACAGAGGAGGAGAGCAGCGCCUGGAUAAACGACUGUGAUGCGUGCCUUGGUGACCAGGCAUCAGUGCAGCAGUCCCUCCAGCAGCUGCAGGCUUUAGGGGAACAACUGAAGAGCCAAGUCGAUGCCUCGUCCUCAGCAGCCCUUCAGUCUGACCACCUGUCACUCACACAUCGCCUAGCAACACUGGAGCACGCCCUUCAGAGGCAGCAGGAAGUACUGCAGUCUGGAUCUCAGGCCUGUGAGGGUUUCAGAGAGCAGUUGGACACACUGAUCCAUAAGGCUGACGAAGCUGAGGAGGUGCUGAAGGAGUCUGACCCAGUCGGCUCACCAGACCUCACUGUGGUCCAGACACGUAUGGAAAAACUGAAGGUUCACCUGCUGAAGCUGAGCAGUCUGUCUCCAGAUCUUGAACGUGUGAAUGAGUUGGUUUACAGACUGCCAGUCAACGACAGAGAUGUUAAACGGCUGCAAAGUCUCAACAGAGCCUGGGCCGCUCACUCCGCUCACCUUACCGAGAGAUUCAGUAAACUGCAAGCAGUGUUGCUCCAGCAUCAGAGUUUCCUCCAGAAGUGUGAGGCGUGGAUGGACUUCCUGUCUCAGACUGAACAGAAGCUGGCUGCUGAGAUCUCAGGGAACUACCAGAGUCUGCUGGAGCAGCAGAGAGACCAUGAGUUGUUCCAGGCAGAGAUGUUUAGCAGGCAACAGAUUCUGUACUCCAUCAUCAGUGAUGGCCAUCAUAUGUUGGACCAAGGACAAGUAGAUGACAGAGAUGACUUCAGUGUGAAGCUGGCCUUGCUAAGCAAUCAGUGGCAGGGUGUGGUGAGGCGAGCACAGCAGCGAAGGGGCAUUAUUGAUAGUCUGGUCCGCCAGUGGCAGAACUACCAGGAGAUGGCGGAGAAGUUGCUACAGUGGCUUCAAGAAGUUACCCGUGAUCCAGAUGUACAUCAGCCAGGAGAACCAGUGGCACUGCAGCAGGCUAGAAACCUGUUAGAUCAGAUACAGCUGAGGGAGCGGGUGCUGCAGAGGCAGCAGGGCAGCUACAUCCUGACGGUGGAGGCCGGCAGGAGCCUGCUGCUGUCAGCCGACAGCAGGGCGGAGUCCACCCUGCAGACAGAGCUGAUGGACAUUCAGGAGAGGUGGAGGCACGCUCACCACCGCCUGGACCAUCAGAGGAGGGAGCUGCAGGGUCUGCUCAAGAACUGGGAACGGUGUGAGAAGGGCAUAAAUGCGUCACUGGAGAAGCUGAGGGCCUUCAAGAGAAAGCUGUCUGUUCCACUGCCUGAUCACCACGAGGAGCUGCACUCAGAGCAAAUCAGAUGCAAGGAAUUGGAGAGCAGUGUGGAGGGUUGGACCGAUGACCUUACUUCCUUGUUCCUGCUGAGGGACUCCUUGGAGGGUGUGGUCAGUGCAGAUGACAUCACAGUCUUACAGGAACGCCUCCAGCUGCUUCAGCGUCAGUGGGGGGAGGUCUGCCACCAGCUUUCCCUGCGCAGGCAGCAGGUGAGCGAGAAGUUGAAUGAGUGGGCAGUUUUCAAUGAGAAGAACAAGGAACUAUGUGAGUGGCUCACACAGAUGGAGAGCAAGGUCUCUCAGAAUGGGGACAUCAGCAUUGAAGAGAUGAUCGAAAAGCUGCGCAAGGACUACCAAGAAGAGAUCAGUGUAGCUCAGGAGAACAAACAGCAGCUGCAGGUUAUGGGCGAGCGCCUGGCCAGGGCCAGCCAAGACAGCAAGGCGGCCGAGAUCCAACACAAGCUCAGCAAAGUCAGCGAGCGCUGGCAACACUUGCUGGACCUCAUCGCUGCCAGGGUGAAGAAGUUGAGGGAGACCCUGGUGGCGGUGCAGCAGUUGGAUAAAAACAUGAGCAGCCUGCGUUCAUGGCUGGCUCACAUCGAGACAGAGCUAUCCAGGCCCAUCGUCUACGAAACCUGUGACGACCAGGAGAUUCAGAGGAAGCUCAACCAGCAGCAGGAGCUGCAGAGGGACAUAGAGAAACACAGCACCGGUGUGGCGUCCGUGUUGAACCUGUGUGAAGUCCUGCUCCACGACUGUGAUGCCUGCUCCACAGAGACAGAGUGUGACUCCAUCCAGCAGGCCACCAGAGGACUGGACAGACGAUGGAGGAACAUCUGUGCCAUGUCCAUGGAGAGGAGGCUCAAGAUUGAGGAGACAUGGAGGUUGUGGCAGAAGUUUCUGGAUGAUUACUCCAGGUUCGAGGAUUGGCUGAAGACCUCAGAAAGAACAGCAGCUCUACCUAACUCAUCUGGAGUUCUGUAUACUGUUGCUAAGGAAGAGCUUAAAAAGUUUGAGGCCUUCCAGCGUCAGGUGCAGGAGUGCCUGACACAGCUGGAGCUUAUAAACAAACAGUACCGUCGCCUGGCCCGGGAGAACCGCACAGACUCCUCCUGCCGACUCAGGGAAAUGGUGCAUGACGGGAACAGGAGAUGGGAUAACCUGCAGAAGAGGGUGGCAGCCAUCCUACGCAGACUCAAGCACUUCAUCAGCCAGAGGGAGGAGUUUGAGACGGCACGAGACAGCAUCCUGGUGUGGCUUACAGAGAUGGACCUCCAGCUGACCAACAUAGAGCACUUCUCUGAGUGUGACGUACAGGCCAAGAUAAAACAGCUCAGGGCAUUCCAGCAGGAGAUCUAUCUGAACACCGGGAAGAUCGAGCUGGUGUUCAGACAGGGCGAAGCUCUGAUUGAGAAGAGUGAACCUCUGGAUGCAGCCGUCAUCGAGGAAGAGCUGGAGGAGCUGCAGAGAUACUGCCAGGAGGUCUUUGGACGAGUCGACAGAUACUACAAGAAACUCACACGGCUGCCUCUUGCUGACGAUGAGCUUGAUGGUUCAGACAGAGAGCUGGACGUGGAGGAAGGUGGCGAGCUCUCUGAGCUACAAUGGGGUGACUCAUCUCUGCCCCGGACAUCCAGCCGUCCAGCCUCGGGUACUGCCGCUCUCAUCAGGGCAGAUCGCUCAGGACGUGACACCCCCGCCAGCGUGGACUCCCUCCCCUUAGAGUGGGACCACGACUAUGACCUGAGUAGAGGUCUGGACAGCCCUGGAGGACGAGGCCAUGGGGAAAGAAGCCGAGGGCAAGAGGAGGAGGAUGAGUAUCUGAGGACAACUGCCACGGUGCUGUCAGAUGUAGUUAUCCCAGAGAGCCCAGAGGCCUAUAUAAAACUGACAGAGAACACAUUGAAAUCAUCCUCUGGUGAGCCAGGUCAGCUGGAGGCCAGUCUCAGACAGCUGGAUCAGGCUCUGGAUGCAGGACGAUACCACCUCCAGCAGAGAGAGGCCACCGCCAACCGCUCCAGCCCCGGCAUCGACUCCACAUACAUGGGCUACAUGCGUCUGAUGGGAGAGUGUCGAGGCAGUAUAGACGCAGUGAAGAGAGCAGAAGGAGAGCUAACUGAGGACGAGGAUGACAUGCCGGGACUCACCAACCCCACCAGCACAGACACUCAGAGCGCAGGUGUGAUCGAGCGCUGGGAGCUGAUCCAGGCUCAGUCUCUAAGUGAGAAGCACAGGCACAAGCAGAACCUGCAGCAGUGGCAGCAGCUGAUCUCAGAUCUGCAGACCAUGAGGGCCUGGUUGGGUCAGUCUGAGGCUGAACUCAGCCAGCUGCGAGGGCUCGAUCUCAGCACUGACAUACACACCAUCCAGCAAAGAAUCAAGAAGCUCAAGGAGCUGCUGAAGGGGGUAGAUGCCCACAAGUCAGAGGUGUUGUCCAUCAACCUGAGCAGUGCAGACUUCCUCCAAUCAGAGCCUGACUCUGAGGAGGCGUGGGAACUGAGGGACAGGCUGAAAGAGAUGAACUCUCGCUGGGAUCGGCUCAGUACCUCCCUGGAGGACUGGAGGAAAGAGCUACAGAGGGCGCUGAUGCAGUGCCAGGAGUUCCAUGAGAUGAGCCAUGGUCUGCUGCUGUGGCUGGAGAACAUUGACCGUAGGAGAAACGAGGUGGUGCCCAUCCCUCCCAAACUCGAUCGUGAAACAUUACGAGCUCAUCAUAAAACACUGACGCAAAUCAAGCGUGAGCUGCUGGACUCGCAGCACAAAGUGUCGUCACUUCAGGAGCUGUCAGCCCAGCUGCUGGUCAACACUAAACCUCAGACUCUGUUGCCACAGUCGCAGGCCUCAGAGCAGAUCCAGGCUCAGGGCAGCGAGUGUCUGGAGGCUGAAGAGAAGGUGCACGUGAUCCUGAACAGGCUCAGACUGCUCCUGAGGGAAGUCAGCUCAGACUUGGAGGGGUUGGAGAGGAGACUGGAGGCCACAGACACACGGCAGGAUUGCUUACCAGUGCCUGUUGGCAAACCAGAAACCCUUGGAUCAGCUGCUCCUGAGUCAGCGGUGACUGUCCAAAGUCGCAAACGAUUGCCCCGAGGCAAAAGUAGUCAGGCCCACCCAGGACACCCUGAGAGCGGCCCGCGCCACAGCCGGAGCAGAUCACCAGGCGUCGCUGGCUGCGUUUCCUCCCGUUCUGACCUUCCGGACAGCGUCUCCUCGCCGACCUCCUCCUCCUCCAAAGGCCAGUCCUUCCUGCUGCGGGUCCUCAGGGCUGCACUUCCCGUCCAGCUGCUCCUCCUGCUCCUCAUUGGCCUGGCCUGCCUGGUGCCCAUGACCGAGGAGGACUACAGCUGCCACCAUGCCAACAACUUCGCCCGCUCCUUCCAUCCCAUGCUGCGCUAUACCAACGGACCUCCGCCCAUAUGAGACGUAGCUGAAUAUCUACCUACUGCUUUGCCAAGGACUCCACUGAAUGUUUCCUCUUCACCCUGUGCCCUGAAGCAACAAACUCACUCUCACAUGAAAAUGAAGACUUGUCUCACUAACAUUGCACACUCACUCUCCUGAAACCCUUUAAACCCACUCUCCAGAACAAAUGGACCUUCGUCUGGACCCUCUCUCCCCCAAUCUAAAUAUUUCAUGUUGUUUUAACUUAAAUGUGUAUAUUAUUUUUUAAGGUUUCUGAAGGAACCAGAGAAAUCAAUGAAAACAAAGCACUAUUUAUAUACUGUAUGUUGGGAGCCAAAGUCGAACGUGCUUUUUGUCCAUGAUAUCCAGUGCUGCUACUAUUUAUUUAGCGUUCAAUCAGAUAAUUGAUUGUUGAUAUUGAUUAAGCUAAAGCACCACCCUAAGUGUGGCAUAUUGUACCUGUAAAUUGUACAGUAGAUUUGCAGUUUGAGUAGCAAUCAUUCAGUCUCAGAUGUGAAGAGUUUGUUUCUGACAGACACAUUUAAAGAUCUACUCAGACGACUGAAACAGAACUUUCUGAAGGAUGAACGUUGUGUUUUAGCUUGUCACAUCUUAGAAUAAAUUGGAAAUGAAGUCUCCAGAUGACAUUAAAGCUAAAAUCUGAACAUAUAGCACUGACAUGAGCACUGUCGAAGGUACUGCACUGAAGCCGUCCAGCCAAGAUGGCCGACUUCUUUCCCCAAAAGCCAAGGCUUGUAUUCCUGUUUUUAAUUUCAGUAUUUAAUCAGCUGAGGGCAAAUAUGAAAAAAAGAUAUGAGCUCUCAACUGAUUUGUAUAUUUUUGUUGAAAUGCCUUUGAAUACAGGCAGUUAUUUUUUUAUCUUUCCGUUUGAGCAUGCACUUGAAAGUACACUGCUUUUAAGAAAGCCAAACAAUCACUGGUAGUGUUUUAGUAGACGGCUGCGACAUGAAAUAGUGAGCUUUGUAAUAACUGCGAUAAUUAUUCUGCGGUGACAAGACAUCGGAAUCACUGCGUUGUUAAAACAGAAUCUGUAAAAAAUGAUGAAAUAUGAAAAUGGUUAUUUAUGUAUGUACAGUUUGCUAAUGCCAACUUCAUGAAGAAUACUCUCUUUGCAAAAAAUAAAACAUGAAAUAUUUA